UGUACAUUAAAAGGCGUGAAAGUCUAGAAAUUCAAAUUAGCUCUAGCUAAAAAUUUUGGAAACAUGGAUUUUAUUAAAUUCCUUGCUGUAUUUGUAUGUAUUAUUUCCCACAACAAUUGCGACGCUCGUGUUCAAAUGAACCAACACUCAGCAGAAGGGAAUAAUUUGUUUGACGAAAUUGAUCAAGAAAAAAAAGGCAUGCUGAUGAUACCAAAGAGUCAUACACUCGUCGUACGCCUUCCAUUAAACACUUUGCUUAAAUAUACGGCUUACAAGGAUAUUUCCAUAUUACAUUUUAAGCUUCCUGCUGACACCCGUGCUGCUUUUUUCGCAUUCAAGGCAUAUGAGGAAGGGAAAAGCGUAUUUCACGGUAAAUGCAAGCCUCAGAAUGUAGAUUUACAUUUGAAAGCUGGAAGCUAUCCCGUUAUUAGUCCGGAAAAUUUAGCAUUUCCAAAAAAUUUUCUGUCGGCCGAUCAAAGGUCUAAAACAUACAGUCUGAAGUUUCAGUCCAAUGAAAAACAACAACAUCUUUUAAUUGAAGGUCCACAAAUGGGUGAUUGGUACGCAGUUGCGUUUAUUAGUUGGACGGAUCCAAACAAAGAACGUAUUGAACAGCAGGACGAGCAAUCUGCUCGUCAACCCCCAACUCUCAAACUCUCAAGCGGUAUGCUAAAUACCGCUUCCCUAACCGAGAGUCCAUAUUGGUUCCAGUCAGUACCAGCGGUACGCCAUCGCCGCAAUGGACUCUCAUAA